AAAAUAUACAAUUCAUAAUAUUCUUCAUUUAGGGCUUGUUUUUACCCUUUGCACUUUGCAAUAUUGCAAAAAUAUAAAACUAAAAACUAAAGGAAAAACAUAAACUGCAAGAACGGGUUAAUUGCUUUCCCAAUUCCGGCGUGUAGUGUUACAGAUCGGGGGUAUAUUUGAUCAUUAGAAAAAAAAAUGGUGAGAGGAUUGUUGAACAAGCUCGCAACUAAAUCGAUCAAUGUUGCCGGAAAAUGGCAACAGCAGCAGCUCCGUCGCCUCAACAUCCACGAGUAUCAGGGAGCUGAACUGAUGGGCAAAUAUGGUAUUAACGUUCCAAAAGGUGUUGCUGUUUCUUCUGUUGAGGAAGUUCGAAAGGCCAUACAAACAACAUUUCCUAACGAAAAGGAGUUGGUUGUUAAGAGCCAAAUUCUUGCUGGUGGACGAGGUCUAGGAAAAUUCACAAGUGGUCUUCAGGGUGGAGUUCACAUUGUCAAAAUCGACCAGGCUGAAGAGAUAGCUGGAAAGAUGCUUGGGCAGACUCUUGUCACUAAACAAACUGGCCCCCAAGGCAAAGUUGUCAGCAAGGUUUAUUUAUGUGAAAAAGUGUCACUUGUGAACGAAAUGUACUUUGCAAUCACUCUUGAUCGUACAACUGCUGGUCCUCUUAUCAUUGCAUGCCGAGAGGGAGGAACCAGCAUUGAAGACCUUGCAGAGAAAUUCCCUGACAUGAUCAUUAAAGUGCCUAUUGAUGUUUUCAAAGGAAUUACAGAUGAAGAUGCUGCCAAGGUUGUAGAUGGUCUUGCUCCUAAGGUGGCUGACAGAGAUGCUUCAAUAGAACAGGUGAAGAAGCUGUACAACCUUUUCCAUGAAUCCGAUUGCACACAGUUGGAGAUCAAUCCGAUCGCAGAGACUUCUGAUAACAAGCUGGUAGCUGCUGAUGCGAAGCUAAACUUUGAUGAUAAUGCUGCUUACCGUCAAAAAGACAUAUUUGCCCUUCGUGAUCCGACACAGGAGGAUCCUCGUGAGGUUGCAGCUGCAAAAGCGGAUUUGAAUUAUAUUGGUUUGGAUGGAGAAAUUGGAUGCAUGGUGAAUGGUGCUGGAUUGGCAAUGGCAACCAUGGAUAUCAUAAAGUUACAUGGAGGCACCCCUGCCAACUUUCUGGAUGUAGGUGGGAAUGCUUCCGAAGGACAGGUGGUUGAAGCAUUCAAGAUCUUGACAUCAGAUGAGAAAGUCAAAGCAAUAUUGGUCAACAUUUUUGGAGGAAUAAUGAAAUGCGAUGUCAUAGCCAGUGGAAUUGUUAAUGCUGCUAAACAUGUUUCAUUGAAGGUGCCGGUUGUAGUUCGUCUUGAAGGCACAAAUGUUGACCAAGGGAAGAGAAUUCUCAAGGAAAGCGGGAUGGCAUUGAUUACAGCAGAGGAUCUUGAUGACGCAGCUGAAAAGGCGGUUAAAGCGCUUGGAUCAUCAUAAAAUAUAUUAUAAUAUACAACCCAAGCCCAAGCCCAAACCCAAUUUGAAUUUGAAUUUGUAUGGAGGUGGGUUUCUACUCUACUUUCUAGUUUCUAAAAUAAAUACAGCAGGCAUAUUGGUUGGAAAUGUAAUCAAAAUUUUCAUUUGUUAGAAUCACUUCUUUUCACAACAUCAUAACAAAUGUUUCGACCAUUGGUUAAUUGAAAAGCUAAAACCAUUUUGAUUCUUUCUUCA